UCGAGGUGGUUACGAAGAUUCAAGGCAAGUAUAGGUUACAAUUUCUUUCGUGUCCGACAGUUAUUAAGAGUUUUUAAUAUGGUGCGAGGGUGCAAUUUGAUCAGUUUAUCGUACUGACAAAGAAAUGCCCUAUCCCUUUGAUAAUUUCUCGAUUUUAAGGUUAAGUGAGUUUCGAUUGGAGUGUAAGCGCAGCACCUUGUAGAUAUGGUGCCCCCGACACGCGGCUUUAUUUUGGCCGACUAAACAAUAGUGUGAUUUUAGCCGUAGCGUUAUUAACGAGAAUAUUGACUAACCGUUUGUGAAAUAUACACGCCCCGUUUGAUAAAAAACAUCGUUUGACGCGAUAGACAAAAGUAAUUAACUCCAUGUUAUUCGAGCUGGAAUACGUGCUUGAGAAAAUUGAGAGUGCUUAAAUAAAUGUCAGAAUUAGAUUAUGGUGGUGGAUUUCGAAGUGGCAGAAAACCAUUGCCAACUGAACCACCUUAUACCGCUUUUGUGGGAAAUUUGCCAAAUGGAAUUGUACAAGGAGAUGUUGACAAAAUCUUUAAGAAACUUAAUGUUAAAGGAAUCAGAUUGGUUAAGGAUAAAGAAACAGAUAGGUUUAAGGGCUUUUGUUAUGUUGAAUUUGAAGAGUUGGCAGAUUUACAGGCUGCAUUGGAAAUGGAUGGUGCAGUAGAAGUAGACAACAGUGUUAUAAAAAUAGAUGUAGCAGAAGGUAAAAGGAAUGAUCGAGGAGGUGGUUUUGAUAGAAGAGGUCGCACUGGUGGUGGCACUGGAGGAGGCUUUAGAGGGAGAGAUGGUGGCCGUAGUGGAUAUGGUGAUGAUUUUGGAAGCAAAUCUAUGUAUUCUAGAGGUUAUGUAGGACAAGGUCAAGGCCAAGGCCAAGGCCAUGCUGGUAGACAAGGUAGUACAUGGGACAUGAGGGGUAACCGGGGUAACUAUAGUCAGUUUAAUGAUGAUACAGGAGGUGGAAGUCGAGAAUGGUCACGUAAUGCAUCGUCUAGAUCAUACGGCACCAGACCACCUCCUCGUGGAACUGGACUUGAACGAAAACCAUUUCAUGAUGAACCAUUUCAUAAAGAUCCACCUCCAGCUGACACAAGUGGAAGAAAGCGUCUGAUACUAGCACCAAGAACAAUUCAAGAUCCAAUAAACGCAAUUGCAGAAUCAAGUAAAUCAAGUUCGAUUUAUGGUGGCGCAAAACCUCGGGAGGAAAAAAUUAAUACUGACGACAAGUAA